AUGCCCGAAUUUACCAAGCAGUUUAACGACGCAACUCGCGCCAGGGGCGACGAGCCCGUGCCGGUGGAAAUCACCGUCUACCAUGAUAAGUCGUUUGACUUCAAACUUUUCACCGCUCCCGCGUCUUACAAAAUUAUGCAGAGCGCCAAAAUUGAAAAAGGUUCGCCCAACUCUAAAACUCAGAAAGUGGGCACCAUUUCUAAGGAGCAGCUCCGGCAAAUCGCCGAGUACAAACUACCCGAUUUAAACACCAACGAUUUAGAAGCUGCGAUGCGAAUCAUCGCUGGUACGGCUCGUAACAUGGGCAUUUUGAUUCAGGGCGUUGACAACAUUGAGGCCGAGUUAGAGGCGGCUAAGGAGGCGGCUAAAGAGGCUGAAAUCGCCGCUAAAAAAGAAGCCCAACUAGAGGAAGACCUUCAGCAAGCGGCUCAGGCCAAAGAUGCUCCGAUUGAAGUAAGCACGAUUAAGCAAGACAAAGAAACCGACGAGCAAAGCGCAGAGAGCGAGGAGAAGAAGUAA